AUGAACACUGCUUCGUUAAACACGGAAUCCCACUACUUGUGCCUGUCGGUCUCUCCAUCUGUAGCGAGUGAAUUAGCGAUUCGGAAAACGAUCGCAGACGCCCUGACGGAAACCUUCGGUGUCACGUCAACAUCGACCUAUUUGGACCUGCUCUGGCUCAAGGAUGAUGGCUCAGAGUGUAUAAUCAGGGCGCAUAAGAGCGAUGCAACCAAGAUCUCUAUAGCUAUUGCUUCAUGGACCGAAACCCCCAGGAUGGCGGUCAAACAACAAUCGCCGUUUCUUCCUUCCCUGUUGCGAACCGAUAUCACGCUAUAG